GGACAGAGGACGGCUUUUGCUCCCUUCAGUUCCUGUCUGGGUGGUAGAGCUGCUCUUCCUGGUCCCUCACUGUCCCCUCCCUUCUGCCUUCUAGGCCUGCUCUGGUCGUCUUUGUGCUCGAGAACCAGGAGCCUGGGGCAGGCCAGAGCCCCUCGGUUGUCACCUGUGGCCCUCCUGCAGGGGCCUGGGGCCAGCUCUAGGGAAUUGGAGUCUGUGGGGGAGGGGGAGCCCUGGGCCGGCUCAGCCACACCCGUCCCUCUGUGACCCUUGGGCUGGUUCCUGCUGGGCGGCAGCCUCCGCCUGAGUCAUACCUGAGAGGAGGGACGGAGUGGGUGGGGGAGCAGUGGGAAGCACCCGGCUGUGUCCCGGGGACCCAGGUGUCCCCACCCACCCAAGGGCAGAUUCCCCUCUCCUCCUCUUCUGGGACCUGCAGACUGGGUUGGGCUUAGGAGUCUUGGAGAGUCCAGGUUUUCUGAAAGCUAAUGAGAUUUUAGGAUCAGGUCCUGGGCUUUGAUAAGUUUGAUUAAUCAAAACCAGAACAAGCUGGGGAUUUAGCUCAGUGGUUACACUGCCUGCCUCGCAAGUGCAAGGACCCGAGUUCGAUCCCUGGUACCAAAAACAAAACAAAACAAAAAACCCAGGGCAUGGGGGGCUUUAAGAAUCGUCCUCACUGCACCUUGGAGCCCCUCUGUCGCCAGCACCAGCCGAGUGGAGGCCACACCCAGGCCUGUGCUGUCACUUGGCACCUGUGGGCCCUGUUCUCCAGGGUGACUGGGGAGGUGGCCUCGUCCUGGGGCUGAGGCUUGGGCUUUGAGGGGCAGGGCUGCGGGCAGGGUGCCCCAGGGCUGUCAUCCACCAGUGCCCUCUCCAGGUGUCCCCUGCAGGUCACCACAGGAGCCACUGAAAGCAGAGACCCAGGGAUGAGGCCCUUGUGGCUUUCAGGGAGUUUCCGGGAAGGGCAGCGGGCGGGGGGCUGGAGGGCUGCAUGGACGAGGUUGGAACGGUGCACUUGGGAUGGAGCGCUGUGCCAUCUCAGUAAUGCCAGCAUGAGCAACAGGGCAUGGCUGAGCGCAGCACACUGACGCCCUUGUCCCCUGCCCGCACGAAACUGAGGGGGCAGAGGAUGCAGCCCCAGGGUGUCCGCCUCCUCCCCUGUCCCCUCCUGUGCUGGCCAGGACAAGGCAGUACCACAUACCAGGCAUGGCCCUCACAGGGUCUCCUCGCCGGCUCUGGCCCCUGGACACCCCAGAACAACUCAGGAUGAGUCGGAACCCUGCACGGCUCCCAGAGAGAAGCCUCUGUCCCACCGAAACCCCGUCUCCCAGCCUGAGCAUCAGGGCCCUGGUGGGGAGCCCAUGAAUUUCUCUCUCCCCGUUUCCCUGUCAUCUGCCUUUCCUGUGGCAUUCGCACACCACGGAGUACUCCUGUGGCAGGAGGAAGGAUAUCUGCAGGAAAUGGACGCAGCUGAGACCACAGGCAGUUCAGCUGGACUCCAUCUGCACCCUCCCAGCCUCUGCAGUUCCCCUCCGGACUCUUGACGGACUCGGCCCUGGUGCCUGGGCCUCAAAGGCAGGAGCCAUGGGCCCUGCUGGGUGGGGGCUGGGAAGGCAGGGCCUCCGCCUUCUGAAGAGGAGUUUGCUGCCGUUGAAGCUCACAGCCAUCAUCUUCGCUGGGCUGCUGUUCUGCGAGUUCUUCAUCUACUACUUAGUGAUCUGCCGGUGUCACUGGGCUGAGGUGGAGGCACCUGCCUGGGGUGGAGAGCCGCUGGCACCUGUGCUGAGAGCCAUGGUCCUGGCAGACACCCACCUGCUGGGGGAAGUUCAAGGCCACUGGCUGGACAAGCUCCGGAGGGAAUGGCAGAUGGAGAGAGCCUUCCAGACGGCCCUGUGGGUGCUGCAGCCUGAAGUCGUCUUCAUCCUAGGCGACAUCUUUGAUGAGGGGAAGUGGAGCUCACCACAGGCCUGGGCAGACGACGUUGGGCGGUUCCACAGGAUGUUCAGACACCCAGCUCAUGUGCAGCUGAAGGUCGUCGCCGGCAACCACGACAUCGGCUUCCAUUACUGGAUGAACAGUUUCAGAGUAAAGCGAUUUGAGAAAGCCUUCAGCUCAGAGAGGCUGUUUUCUCGGAAAGGAGUAAACUUCGUGAUGGUCAACAGCGUGGCCAUGGAGGGCGACGCCUGUAACAUCUGUGCCAAGGCUGAGGCUGAGCUCCUGCAGGUCUCGCGCCGGCUGAACUGCUCCCGAGAGGUGCCGGGCUCCGGGCCCUGUGGAGCGGGGCAGCAGCUGUCCCCGUCGGCCCCCAUCCUGCUGCAGCAUUACCCGCUGUACCGCGCCAGUGAUGCCAACUGCUCUGGGCCGGAUGCGGCUCCCCCGGAAGAGAGGAGCGUCCCCUUCAGGGAGAGAUAUGACUCGCUGUCCCGGGAGGCCUCGCAGAAGCUGCUGUGGUGGCUGCAGCCUCGCCUGGUGUUGAGCGGCCACACACACAGUGCCUGUGAGGUGCUGCACGGCGCAGGGGUCCCCGAGAUCAGCGUGCCGUCCUUCAGCUGGAGGAACAGGAACAACCCCAGCUUCGUCAUGGUCAGCCUGACGUCCCGGGACUUCGCCCUCUCCAAGUGCUUCCUCCCGCAGGAGGACACCGUGCUGGCCACCUACUGUGGGGUGGUGGGGCUCCUCGUGGUCCUCGUCCUGGCUCACACGGAGCGGCUGGCCUCGCCCUUCCUUUCUGGUUGGAACGAGCUCAGGAGGCACAGGAGCUGGUGAGGUGGUGGCAGCUGUGCUGCCCGCAGGACCUGGAGGCCCAGACUGGCUCCCGAGCCCGCGGGGAGCAACGUGCAGGCCCUCUCUGCAUCCCAGAGACCCUGGCAUUGCUGUGGUGAGACUGCAGAGACAGUUGGCUGCGCUGUUCUCAUGCUAUGGAAAUGGAACAUGGACUCUACACAUGUCUGUUCUCUUGUGAUUAUCAAAUACACGGCAGUCAGGCUGCGUCUGUACAGGACGUGAAGCUGCUCCCCACUGCCUCCCACAGGAGGCGCACGGACCCAGUGCACGCGGACCCAGGUUCGCCGAGUCCUGGGCACUGCCUGGCGGCCUCGUGGGUUGCGCUCUUGAGGUGAGCGCCGGGCGUGCAGGGACACACUGCUCUUCCGGCUUUGUGCCUCCGUGCUAAACUCCUGGGAUCAGGGCUCUGGAUAAAUGUAAUUCUCUUCUCUGGGAGACUGGGAUGUUGCUCCGAAUCUCAUGCCGUCAAAGAUCAGAACUUGAAAGAAUGGACUUAGGAUAUUUAAAAAUAAAUGUUGCAGUAAUUUAAAGUCA